UAGAAUGGAUCAAGAGAAACAAGAACGAUCAACCUGUGAGCUCUUCGUCCGCGAAAUGUAUGAGUAAUAACGAUAAAUCACAGUGUUUUUGUUCGCCGUCCGUGUACAGCGAUGAUGAUCCACGUUAUUUGUCGGCAAAACAAAGUUUAUCGAUUAAACAAAGCAAAUGUACAUGUUGCCGACAUAACAAGGAAUAUUUCGAAGAAUCUAGAAGAUGGUCGAACGAUCAAAGUGCCGUUGGAGAUGUUUUAGAUAAAGUAUCAACUCGCGAACGAUUUAUCGAUGUUGAAUCAAGAAAAUCGGUAGAUCGAUACAAGUGAGAGCCUUACGAUUUCCACCAAGAUUGAGAUCUAUUUAAUGUGAAUUAUCAUCAUUCGAAUUUUUUUUUUUUUUUUUUUUUUUACAAAAGUCACGACCUAGAAAGAGAUACGAAGAAUAAUUUUACACAUCUCACGAGAAGAAAGUGUACAUGCUGUCCGAUAUCUAUCAAAAAACGCAUAGAAAAUGAUCGAUCAAAGUUAGAUUCCGUUGAUCUUUUAUACGUUGCAUCGCACGAGAAACAUUGUUGCGUUAAUUCUAUGGACAAUCGUGAGCGUCUCGUUGAAGAUGAAACGCUUGACAAUUUUUCACGAAGGAACCGGGACGAUCAGGAGCUUCGUCGAUCGUGCUCGAAAUUAGAUAAGUCGACGACAAGGAAAGAAGAAAUCUCACCUUUGCUUCGCACGUGUGACCCUCGCUCCCCACGAGACAUUAAUCUCGAUCUCUUAGGAUCACCCGAAGACCAUCGGCCUCGUCUCUGUCAUCGUUGUCCUGCCUGUCCUCGUCACUCCUGUCGACAACGAUGCCACUUUUGUCAGCAGAAAAGCGAAAGGAUUUCUAAUUUUCUCCCGGUCGGUUGCACGUGCCUGUCUAUUCUGGGUAAUCGCCGUGGCUGUUCGUCGAAGGAUCACGAGAGGAUACGAACUUAUGGGAAGAAGGAGGAAGAGGAAGAGGAGGAUGAGAAUGUAGGAGUUAUCGAUCACAAAGAUUCGAUAUCCAUUCUCAUGGAAAAGUAUAAGUCGAGAGACGCGCAGGAGGAAAGACAGAAAAGGAAGAAUCGAUCGAAGGGAAAUGAAAGGAUCGGCAAUUGUUACGAGGAGUCGCAAACUUCGAGAAUUCUCGCUCGCGAAAACAGAAAGGAUUCGACGGAGGGCUUGGAGAAUUCCAAGAGUUGCGAUCGCUGUAGAUGCCAAGAAAAUCGUCUAAGAUGGAAGGAACAGGAGGAAAGGGAGCAAGAGGAAAAGACGCUCCUGUUCGAUGAUGGCCGUAAUCGGAUUCGUGGCGAAGGCGAUUUCUAUCGAAGGAAGAAGCCUGCCCGAUCGAAAUUCGGAGUACCCUGGAGACAUACCUUUUGACGACCCUAUCCUUUGCCAGUUUACUUCCCUCUAUACAUAUACUUUUUAUAUCCUUUUUUUUAUCCGCAAAUUUUAUAAACGUCUAACAUUUUUAUCUACCCUGUUCAUUAUGUACAUUGUAUCUAAUUUAUUUUAAUACUUUGUUAUGUACUUUGAAUGUAUAGAAUUGAUAAAAAAUAUA